AAAUUAUUGUAAACAAAACAAAAAAAAUUCUAUAAACCACAAAAAUUAAAAAUUUACUAGGUUCUACUGUAAUAAAAUAAACUUUUUCAUCAUGUCUUAUAUGCUGACACAUUUACACAACGGAUGGCAAGUCGAUCAAGCUAUAUUGAGUGAAGAAGACAGAAUAGUCGUCAUACGAUUUGGACACGAUUGGGAUCCUACAUGCAUGAAAAUGGAUGAAGUGCUGUACAGUAUUGCUGAAAAAGUGAAAAACUUUGCAGUCAUUUAUCUUGUGGACACAACAGCCGUUCCAGAUUUCAAUAAAAUGUACGAAUUAUACGACCCGUGUACAGUCAUGUUCUUCUUUAGAAAUAAGCACAUCAUGAUAGAUUUAGGAACAGGAAACAACAACAAAAUCAAUUGGGCACUGGAGGAUAAGCAAGAGAUGAUAGAUAUUGUUGAAACUGUUUAUAGAGGCGCGCGAAAAGGUCGUGGUUUAGUUGUUUCUCCAAAGGAUUACUCGACAAAAUAUCGAUAUUAAAUAAAUCUUAGUUUUAAUAUAAUUAAUAAAAACAUUUUCUC